CAAAGGUCACGAGGAAGGAAAGCAAAAUAUAUCAGUGCAGUUACAGUAACGUUACUGUGUUGCAGAAAUGGCAUAAGAUUCAGUAUAUUUGUAAUAUACCUUCUCGUCUGACACAGUAGGUUUUCUACCCGUCCUGUAACAGGAUUUUGAAUCGAUGUAGCGAAUCCUCAACGAUCAUUUUUGGGAAUUAUUUAAAUGAAGGCAAAACAAGCUUUGAUAAUUGUGAGUGUGGACCUUCCAAUAUUGUUGUGGACGAUCGGGUGCCUUCAACAUAAGACAUGGGCACCCUUCAGAAGUUAAGAAGACUUUUCAGAUGGUCCAUAAGCCCACAGUACAGCACUGUUCUCACUGCGGUGAGCAGAGAGAGAUCGGACAGAGCUCAGAUAGUGUGUUCAAGCCAUCUUAUUCAGCAUCACUAUGUGCACAGCAGAGGAUUGGGAGACAGCCCAGCCAAUCCAAGUGCUGCCCCACCACGCUCACCCUUCUCCAGGGUCACCCAGGAAGACCUUGCCUUCUUUAGAAAGCUGCUGCCUGGAAGAGCCAUCACUGAUCCAGACUUACUGAAGUCCAGCAACACAGACUGGCUCAAGUCAGUGCAAGGUCAUAGUGAAGUACUCCUGAGACCCAAAACAACAGAAGAGGUUUCUCACAUUCUCAGGUAUUGUAAUGAGCGUAAUCUGGCGGUGUGUCCACAGGGAGGGAACACGGGUCUGGUGGGAGGAAGUGUCCCUGUGUUUGAUGAGAUCAUCCUCUCCACUUCCCUUAUGAAUCAAGUCCUCACUUUUGACAGCAUCUCAGGUAUCCUCACUUGUCAGGCGGGAUGUGUGCUAGAGAACCUGUCUCAAUAUCUUGAGGAGAAGGAUUUCAUCAUGCCUCUGGAUCUCGGGGCAAAGGGAAGCUGCCAUAUUGGAGGGAAUGUGGCCACUAACGCAGGAGGCCUCAGACUGCUGCGCUACGGGUCGCUUAGAGGAACAGUUUUAGGCGUAGAAGUGGUUCUGGCAGAUGGGCGGGUUUUGAACUGCUUGGCCACACUUCGCAAGGAUAACACGGGCUAUGACCUCAAGCAGCUUUUCAUUGGCUCUGAAGGGACAUUAGGAGUAAUCACUGCUGUUUCCAUCCUGUGCCCACGCAAACCUAAAGCAGUCAACGUGGCAUUUUUAGGCUGCUCCAGCUUCCAACACCUGCUGGAAACGUUUCAAUGCUGUAGAGGGAUGCUGGGGGAGAUCCUGUCUGCGUUUGAGUUUUUAGACGCCUCUUGUAUGAAACUUCUGGAGACACACCUGAAACUUACUAACCCCAUUAGAGAGUGUGAUUUUUACAUUGUCAUCGAGACCGCCGGAUCCAACGCAACCCACGAUGAAGAAAAACUACACAACUUCCUGGAGGAGGUCAUGACAUCAUCACUGGUGACUGAUGGGACUGUUGCAACAGAGGCGGCAAAAAUCAAGGCAUUGUGGUCCUUGAGGGAGAGAGUAACAGAAGCUCUGACGCAUGACGGUUACACCUACAAGUAUGACAUCUCUCUUCCUGUGGAGAAGAUCUAUGAUUUAGUGAAGGACAUGAGGGGACAUCUUGGAGACAUGGCCAAGAAUGUUGUUGGUUAUGGACAUGUUGGUGAUGGAAACCUUCAUCUAAACAUCACCUCCCCAUCCAAAGACCCAGCCCUCCUGGCUGCCAUUGAGCCAUACGUGUACGAGUGGACGUCAGAAUGGAAAGGCAGUAUCAGUGCAGAGCAUGGGCUGGGUCUGAAGAAGAGAAACUACAUUUACUAUAGUAAACCCUCAGAGGCAGUCGCUCUUAUGGGCAAUAUUAAAGCCAUGCUGGAUCCUAAAGGCAUUCUUAAUCCUUACAAAACUCUUCCAGACCAACUACACCAAGAUCCUCAUUUCGCUGUUAAAAUGUAGUAUUGUGAACAUUUGAGUUCUAAGAAAAAUCAGAGUGUUUUCAUUCAAUCACAGUCAAUAAUUCUGUGCAUGUGCAGGAUUGUCUGUAUUCAGAACAUUCAAACAGAUUGAAUGCAAUAGAUCAUGCUUAACAUUGCACCAAUCUUAUUUUUUAGCAUUGAUACUUUAUUUAUAAAUUGUGUUAUUGUUGCACCACUAGUGGCACCGAAUGGAAUUGCAGAAUUGGUGGCACUUGUAGUGAAGACCUGAUUUCACCCAUAAGGACUUAAGGAAUAGUUCACCCUAAAGUAAAAGAUCCAUGUUAUCAGAAGGUGUUUAGUAGUUCAGGUCCUGAUUUUGUCCAGUCAAGUUCUAUCAUAUAUACCAGAUUUAGUAAACUAUUUUUGGAUGGAGAGGGGCAGCAUUAUUUGUCAUUGAGCAGCAUCUCUUCAAACAAAUCAACAUGGAUACUGUCCAAGUGAGUAUCUGAAAAUCUCUCUGAUGUGUAAAAAAAAAGAAAUUAAAAUCUUGUUUUACGCUUCCUAAGAGCAAUGAACACACACACACAAACAAAUCCUGACUGAGAUUGUCAUAAAUUCGUGCAUGAAAGGGUUAAAGCUGUUGAGCCACAUCAGCAUUACAUGAAAAAAGAUUCACACCAUUUACAAAAAUAUAUUUUGAACAAAGAAAACCGCACUGGAUUUUUCAAAUAAAAGCCCAGCAUGAGAUUUCAUUGUUUUCAUCAUGUAAAUAUAUCGGAGUUGAUCUUGCGUUCAUUUCUUACCAAAAAAAGCUGUUAAAUCCAUUUAGACAAUAAAGAUGAUUUUGGUUAACAGUGGCUUAUGCCUUUUUAUUGGCAUGAGAAAACGGCAUAAUUUGAUUUCAUUGCAUACAAAUAAAUUCAUGACAGGGUUUAUCCAUCCUGCUAAAUGGGACAACCUCACAUAUGAGAUUUCCAUUACUGGAAGAAAGCUGUGGAACAUCUAAACUUAUUUCAGCCUCUGUUUUAUCAUAUUUUUGUAAUACAAUAAUUGAAGAGGUACAAAACAAAACGGAUCUGUUCGUAUGUGGCAUGGCGGGCAUUUACACUGGCAUUAACCUUCAGUCCCGUUUUAAAAGCACUGUUAUCUUAGAGACUGAAGACCUCCUGUAAACAUCCCAGAAGAUAAGGAGGCCAUUUCCCAGCAGACUCACAAUGGGGAACAUUUCAUAAGGCCUCAUUUAGCUUGUCUCCCUGUACAGAAAACCCCAAGACAGAUACACAAU